AUGUCUUUCAGCCAAACUGGAGUAAAGUAUGGUCGGCUUAGAACUAAAGAUGAAAUAGAUAUUUAUGCAAGCUAUCCAAAGCGACCAUCAGUAUUUGGAAUUAGAGAUUUUUAUGCUACUGUUGAAUAUUAUUUGGUAUAUAAUGUCGAAGGGCUUAAAACAAUGUUAGCUUACAUUCAAUGGACAGAACCUGUUAAUGAUGUUGGUGUAAAUACAUUUAGACGAAUGGACAAAGAAGUUGAUAGUGAUGAAUGA